UUACUGCAAUUAAAAAAAUAGAGAACUAAGAAAGAAAGAAAGAAAAAUAUAUAUUCCUGAAAUACAUGAAGAAUUUCUCAUUAAAACUGUAGAAAACAUGAUUACUUAGGGGGAAAGCUGACUGGAAUAAGAAUUCCAUACCAUAGGUGGUAUGGAGGAUACCCUAAAAGGAACCAGAUGAAUACACAAAAUAUUAAAAUUAAUUUCUUGAUGGUAGAAUAUAAAUUGUAGAAUUUCAAAUAUGUGAGUAAUGCAAGUUUGUUUGAAAAGUAGUCAUGUUAUUUCCUCUUUCCUGGAAGUCACCUCAAUCACAUGGAACCAGGCAAUGAUACACAAAUUUCAGAAUUUCUUCUCUUGGGAUUUUCAGAAGAACCAGAAUUGCAACCUCUCAUAUUUGGGCUUUUCCUCUCCAUGUACCUGAUCACUGUGUUUGGAAACCUGCUCAUCAUCCUGGCCACCAUCUCAGACUCCCACCUCCACACACCCAUGUACUUCUUCCUCUCCAACUUGUCCUUUGUAGACAUCUGUUUCACUUCCACCACCAUCCCAAAGAUGCUGUGGAACAUCCAGACAGAGAGUAAAGCUAUCACCUAUGAAGAUUGCAUCACGCAGAUUUAUUUUUUCACACUCUCUGCAGUGUUGGACAUCUUUCUCCUGACAGUAAUGGCCUAUGACCGGUUUGUGGCCAUCUGCCAUCCCCUGCACUAUACAGUCAUCAUGAACCUCCGGCUCUGUGGACUGCUGGUUCUGGUGUCCUGGAUCAUGUGUAUCCUGAAUUCCUUGUUACAAAGCUUAAUGGUGUUGCAGCUUUCCUUCUGUACCAACUUGGAAAUCCCUCACUUUUUCUGUGAACUGAAUCAGAUGGUCCAACUUGCCUGUUCUGACACAUUUAUUAAUAACAUGGUGAUGUAUUUUGCAGCUGUCCUGAUGGGUGGUGGUCCUUUUGCUGGUAUCCUUUACUCAUACUCUAAGAUAGUUUCCUGCAUACGUGGAAUCUCAUCAGCUCAAGGGAAGUAUAAAGCAUUUUCCACCUGUGCAUCUCACCUCUCAGUUGUCUCCCUAUUUUAUUGUACAAUGCUAGGUGUAUACCUUAGCUCAGCUGCUACUCACAGCUCACACUCAAGUGCAACAGCCUCAGUGAUGUACACUGUGGUCACACCCAUGCUGAACCCCUUCAUCUACAGUUUGAGGAAUAAAGACAUAAAGAGGGCCCUGAAAGCCUUCUUUGUGAAGGAAACCACAAAAUUAUCUUAGGACUGAAGAAGUCCCAUGAUUGCAGAGGUCAAAGCCUCAGAUUCAGAAAUGGUGAUUAUUUGAUCAGACUGUGAAGAAUAUUGCUCUUUCUUUGUUUCCUGGAAUUUCCAUUUCUUUGACCUUGACUUCUCUACUCGAUUUAUGUAACUCACUUUACUAAGCUUUCUGCUCUCUCUGAUAUCCAACAGCUUUCUCUUUGUUGUUAUCCUAAUUGGCCAAAUUUGUUUCCAACCAUGGAUCAGAAAUAUUUGGAAAUUCCCAUUUACCUAAUGCGACAAUAUGGAUUUAUUCAGAAUAAUUUUUCUCAAAUGAUGUAUAUCAUACCAAAUAAUUUUUCUUUUGUUUUACUAGAAGCAAUGUCAUGAGUUGUACUACUCCUAUGGAAAAAACUACACUUGACGACCAAGGCAAUUUCUAUAAUUUUACAAUAGAAAAAAUUGUGAGACCACUGUUUUUCACUUUUCUGUUUGACAUUUCAUUGUAUAUCACCAUCUUAACUGCUCUUCUUCAUAAUAUAGACUUUAACAUACCAGUGGGAUCCUUUUCUCUUUCAGCUUGGUGCUCACAAUGCCUACCUUGGUCACUGACAAAAUGAUUAUCAAACACAUAUCUCAAAGAGGAGUCUUCAUUGAAAGACAUAUUAUAAUAAAUACACCAACCUGAUAUGACCUUGAUGAUCAGCAAAAAUAAUAAAGGAGCAAAAAUAAAUUUGACCAGAAGACAAAAGUAGUGACAUCCUUAUGGUGUCAAUCACCUUACAACUGAACACUCCAAGAGAAAAAUGUGCUAAGAGAAUAAACCAACACUUUACCAAAGGAAAUAUGCAAAGAGCAACAAAAGUUGGACAUGUUAUUUAUGAUGCAGUAGAAGACUUGUUUUUUCUCUGCCUAUUUCAUAUUUAUUUGAACAAUUGGAUUUUAUACAAUCUUAUAGUGUGAGCCAUGUCCUUUCACUUUUCUAAUGUGGCUUCUUUCUUUUUCCUGGGCUUUGAGUUUUGAUCUCUUUUUUUGACAAAUACUCUAUAAAAUUCUGCACAUGCCAUGGUAAUCCAUCCUCUGACUCUGAAUAAAUUUCUCCAUAAGCUUUAUGCCUGAGGACAUUAUGUCAUA